AUGGAAGACCUAUCCAUCUACGAGCAAAAUAAUCUCCUCUACUCACAGGAAAAACUAUCAAAGUAUCGACCAGGUGGAUACCAUCCAGUCUCCCUGGGAGAUACCUUCAAGGAUGGUCGUUAUGAGAUACAUCAUAAAUUAGGGUGGGGAGGGUUUUCUACUGUGUGGCUUGCGAACGACAGAGAGAACAACCAAUGGGUUUCUCUGAAGAUUAUGAGAGCAGAUACUUCCCAAGGAUCUCGAGAACUUUAUCAUCUAAAUCUAUUAGCAGAUCGCUCCCAGGGAAAGCCGUCUGCAAAAUACAUUGUUUCGGUCCUCGACUCAUUCACCCAUGAGGGCCCUAAUGGGACCCACUUAUGUAUUGUAUUCGAGUUGCUCGGUCCUUCUGUCGAUAAGGUCGUUGAUGACUAUUACUCCUUUGGAGAUGACCUUGAGAUGGACAUUAUCCUUCGGAUGUCGGAACAGCUUCUAGAAGCCGUUAGCUUGAUUCAUGAAGCUGGCAUUGGGCAUGGGGGUAAAGUCUAUGUCUCCACCUAUGGAACUCACCAAGAAAUAGAUAUAAGCGGCGGUAACAUUGCCUUCGGCUGUAAUAAUCUCUCGCACGCCACAAAAGACGAACUCUUUGCAGUUCUCGGAUCUCCAGAAGUUGAGGAGUUAGCUCGACUCGAUGGCAAGCCACUAGAUAACAGCUUACCGAAGCAACUAGUUAAAUCAGCAGAGUGGGAAACCUGGGUAGAUGAAGAUGAAGAAGAUAUUCGGAUUCUUGACUUCGGAGAGGCAUUCGUUCAGGGAAAUGAGCCUAAGAUACUUGCUCAGCCAGGGCAAUUGCGGGUCCCUGAGCUGAUUUUCACCAAUUGCUUUGACUACCGUGUUGAUUUGUGGCGUGCGGGAUGUAUGAUCCAUGCAUUCAUAUUCGGGUCAUAUCCGUUCCAAUACCUAGGUGAAGAUGAAGUCCUGGUAUUACAGAUGAUCGGUUUUGUGGGGAAGUUGCCAAAGGACUGGCAGCCGAUAUGGGAGCGCAUGAAAUCGAGCUUUAAGCGUGACUUAGAAUGGUUAGAAGGUAUGCUUGCUAAUUGA